CCCUCCUCAACCCUCCAUUUCCUUGGCUCUUCUAUACCUCUACUUUCCAUUUUUCUCGGAAAGAAACAACACAUACAAGAAACGAGUGCUUUCACAUAUGCUUUCUAGUCUCAACCAAAGAGAGAAGCAGAAAAAAAAAUGAGAUACCCAGCUGUUAGUUAUGUCAGACAAAAUAAUAUUCUUCUCCUAAGAAGCUUCAUGAUCUUGUUGCUAAGCUGUGUGGCUAUUAAACUAGACCUCUGUUUUUCCAGUAUCCCUUCUUCUUUAAAGACACUUAGCCUCAAUGGUCAUUUCACUUUUGAUGAAAAUGAAUUCGCAGCCAGAGACUAUGGCAACAAGUAUCAUUUCCUCCCCAUGGCAGUUCUACAUCCAAAGUCAGUUUCAGAUAUUGCCACUACAAUACAGCAUAUUUGGCAAAUGGGUCCAAGUUCAGAGCUUACAAUAGCAGCUAGAGGACAUGGCCACUCAAUCAACGGCCAGGCACAAGCUCAAGGAGGAGUUGUUAUCAACAUGCAAUCACUUCAUGGACCAGAAAUGCAUGUUCACAUGGGCAGGUUUCCUUAUGUGGAUGUCUCUGGCGGCGAGUUGUGGAUAAAUAUUCUGCAUGAAACCCUCAAGUAUGGUUUAGCACCAAAGUCGUGGACCGAUUAUUUACAUCUAACAGUUGGCGGUACUUUGUCCAAUGCGGGGAUCAGUGGGCAGGCAUUUCGGCAUGGCCCCCAGAUCAGUAAUGUCCACCAGCUGGAGGUUGUUACAGGGAAGGGAGAAAUAAUAAAUUGUUCAGAAGAACAGAAUGCAGACCUCUUUCACAGUGUUCUUGGAGGACUUGGACAGUUUGGCAUAAUAACUCGAGCAAGAAUCUCUCUAGAACCAGCCCCAAAGAUGGUGAAAUGGAUUAGAGUGCUGUACUCAGAUUUCUCCACAUUCACCAGAGACCAGGAGUAUUUAAUAUCUGCAGAGAACACAUUUGAUUACAUUGAAGGACUAGUAAUUAGAAACAGGACAGGUCUCUUAAAUAACUGGAGAACAUCCUUCAGCCCACAAUACCCAGUUCAAGCCAGCCAAUUCACAUCAGAUGGGAAAACACUCUUCUGCCUUGAAUUAACCAAAAACUUCAACCCUGGCAAGACCAAUACAAUCAACCAGGAAAUUGAGGGCUUGCUAUCUCAAUUAAGAUAUAUUCCAUCUACACUUUUCAUGUCAGAAGUUCCAUAUGUAGAAUUCUUGGACAGAGUUCAUGCAUCAGAGCUCAAACUACGAUCAACAGGAAUGUGGGAAGUUCCACACCCAUGGCUCAAUCUUCUCAUUCCCAAAAGCAAAAUACACAGGUUUGCUGGAGAAGUUUUUGGCAACAUAGCAACAGAUACAAACAGUGGCCCUGUCCUCGUCUUCCCGGUCAACAAGUCAAAGUAAUAGUUCCAUGAAGUUAUCUAUGCAAUAAAUUUUCAAAUCUUUGGUCGCGUGACUCAUUGAUUCACUAAUAUUUUUUCAGGUGGGACAACAGAACCUCAUUCGUUGCUCCAGAGGAAGAUGUUUUUUAUUUAGUUGCAUUCCUUUCCCACGCAAUUCCCUUGUCCACAGGAACCGAUGGUUUAGAACACAUCUUAACUCGGAAUAAAAGAAUUUUAGAUUUCUGUGAGGCAGCCCACCUUGGAGGAAAGCAAUAUCUGCCCCAUUAUACUACAUACAAAGAGUGGCGAGCCCACUUUGGUCCACGCUGGGAAGUCUUCCAACAGAGGAAAUCAGCUUAUGACCCUCUGGCCAUCCUUGCUCCUGGCCAGAGAAUUUUUCGAAAGGCAAUAUCCAUCCUAUGACAUGGGUAACACUUCUAUUAAAAGGAGAGAAGGGACAUAUACGGUGCGGAAUUUCAUGCUCCACGCACUGAUUAUGGUGUUCUAUCCUCCGCAACAAGAUGAUGCCUUACAGCAUGUGCGAAAAAGGCUAGAGGCAUUUUGCUGAGUUUUACUAAAAGGAGGGAAGGUCCUUAUAGAUGGCUAGAGGCAAUUCGUGUAAAUUUGUUAAUAUUAUUUCAAUAUUUCUUCCACCUUUCAGCAAGUGUAGGUGUAUAAUGGGAAGGCUACCACCUGGUUGAAACUUUAUUAACUCAAGUUAAAGAUGUACCUGAAAUAUGAAUUACUUAAUUGCAAUUG